AUGUCGCUCCGAAUCGUACCAGAGAACAGCAAGGCCACCUCCUUCAGCCACACGAACCGCACCACCUCCGCGCCCUCCGCCCCGGGCGUCCACGACACCCUCCGCCACGGCGUCGCCCAGUCCCCCUUCGACGCCGCCGCCGGCAAGCCCUCCUCCGCACACCCCCUCGAGGCCCGCCUCAAGAGCUGGGAGGCCACCCAGGAGGCCCUCCGCAUGGAGACCCUGCGCCGAACCUACGGCAUCGCCGAGCCCGUCCGCCGCGGCAUGGAGCUCAAGAUCGUCCGCGACGGCGAGUGGCGGCCCCUCGCCCUGGGCGGCGGCCUGCCCAGCGUCCACGAGGACAUCCUGAAGGGGAGGGACGACAUGAUCAGCUGGGAGGAUGUGUACACCGGUGAUGAGAUGAGGGGCGUUCCUGGAGUUCACGAUGAGAUGGAGCGGAAACUCAAGAUGCAGUAG